AUGGGUAGGCUAAUCGGCCUUGAGUUACACAACUUUAAGUCGUACCGAGGAACAACAAAAAUCGGAUUUGGUAGCUCGUUUUUCACCUCCAUCAUUGGCCCAAAUGGUGCUGGAAAAUCAAAUUUGAUGGAUGCAAUUUCGUUUGUAUUAGGAGUCAGAUCCUCUCAUUUGAGAUCGCAAAACUUGAAAGACUUGAUUUACCGAGGAAGAAGAACAAACGGCAACAGCGAUCUUUCUGUAGACGAAUUGGAACAGGAUCCUAAUAGAGCCCAUGUGACUGCUAUCUAUGAAAAAGACGAUGGAGAAAUCGUCAAGUUCAAGAGAACAAUUUCGUCCUCAGGAAACAGCGAAUACCGCGUCAACGACGUGUCUGUCACGUCAUUAAACUAUUCAUUGGUCUUAAAAGCUGAAAACAUUCUUAUCAAAGCGCGCAACUUCUUGGUAUUCCAAGGCGAUGUAGAACAGAUAGCAUCGCAGUCGCCAACUGAUCUCACAAAACUCAUUGAGAAUAUCAGUGGUUCCAACGAAUUUACCAAAGAAUACGAAAGCUUGAAGGAAGAAUAUGAAAGAGCCAGAGAGUUCUCGAAUUCCGUAUUCUCACGUAAAAGAAACUUAAACUCUGAAUCAAGACAGUAUAAGGAGCAGUUGAUAGAGCAAAGGCAGUUCGAAGAAAGAUUAAUGGAAAAAAAUGAGACCAUAAAGAGAAUCAACUUAUACCAUAUUUAUCACAAUGAGCGCAAGCACUUCCAAAUUCAAGAAGAAAUUGAUGCCAAGACUGCUGAACUCAAAGAAUUGAAAAAAGGUCUCUCUUCCGAACAGAAGCAGUUCAAAACGAUCUCUGCCGAUUAUUCCAAGAAGGUAUUGGAAUCCAAAAAGCACACUAAGAAAUUGGAACAGGUUGCAACGCAAAUUGAAAGCGCAAAGAGAGAUCUCAUACCAAUGCAAGCUAACAAGAGAGCAAUGACUUCGAAGGCGAACUCAACGAAGACUAAAAUUGAAGAUUUGCAAGCAGAUUUGAAAAGACAGAAGGCGCUGGCAAGCUCAGUUCAAAAACAAUUAGACCAAGCUCAGAAGUUAUUUGCUGACUUUGAAAAUAAAAUUGCUUCGUCAACUUCACUUUCAAUUUCGCCUGAAGGACAAAAGGAAUAUCUGAAGUUGAGAUCGCAAUUCUUAUCUAGAGGUGGAUCUGCUUUUGAGGAAGAUAUAUCUAUUCUUCUUAACGAGAAAGACUCAUUAUUGGCUGCUAUCACCGGUUUGGAGAACCAAAGAGCUAAUUCCGCAACUAGAAUUAACGAGUUACAGUCGACUAUAAAUUCAGAAUUGAAAUCCAGUCUUGCGGACAUCAACACUGAAAUAAACGAUGUUUUAUCUAGAAAGCAAGAGAAAGUCGAUGCCAGAAGUGCGUUGAUCAAGUCCAAAGAAGAAUUCCAAUACCAAGAACUACAAUUGAAAUCUCAAUUGAGAGACGUCUUGAUCAAGUUGGAUGAAAUAUCAUCGCAACAAAGAGAAUCCAACAAGCAAAAGAAGUUAAGAGAGAAUGUAGCCAUGUUGAAGAGGCUUUUUCCUGAAGGAGCAAUCAAAGGAAUAGUGUACGAGUUGGUACGCCCUUCAGAACAGAAGUUCGAAAGUGCUGUUCAAACGGUUCUAGGCAGAAACAUUGACAGCGUUAUCGUUCAAACAACCAGCGUGGCAUACAAGUGUAUUGAAAUUUUAAAGGAAAGAAGAGCUGGUGUAGUUACGUUUAUUCCGUUGGAUUCCAUUCAAAGCGAGCCGAUAAAUUUGAACUAUUUGAGAUCUAUCCAUGAAUCUGCCCAACCGGGUAUUGAUAUCCUUAAAUACGACGACAAGUCUUUGGAGCAAGCAAUUAACUACAUUGCUGGCGAUGCUUUAGUUGUCAAAGAUAUUAAUCUCGCCAGAAACUUGAAGUGGGACUCGCACCACAAGUUGGAAAACAGAAUCAUAUCUCUCAAUGGGUCCGUCAUUCACAAGUCUGGUUUAAUGACAGGAGGACAACAGAGCCAGAAGAGUAGCGCCUCUUUGACCUGGGAUAGAGAAGAAUGGAUAUCAUUGAACUCAGUAAAGGACGAACUAACUACAAGACUCUCUACAUUGCAAGAGAACAAACCAAAGGAACUUGAAAUCAAUCUCUUGGCUGACGAAAUCAGCCUGUUGGACGAUGGAUUACCUGUGCUAAGAAACCAAAAGAUGAGCACCGAACGUACAAUUAGAGACAGAGAAGCCGAAGUGAAGUUCCAGACAGAACUCCAAAAGAGUUUUGAUGAUUCUAUUAAUAGCAAGAAAGCAAAGUUAGUAAAACUCGAUCAGAAGACUGAUGAGAUUCGCAACAAAACAGCUUCUUUGAAGAAUGAGAUUUAUUCCGAGUUCUGUUAUGAUUAUGGAUUUUCAAAUGGUAUCGAUGAUUAUGAAAACUUGCAUGGCGCAACAUUAAGAGUAAGAGUCAAGGAAAGGGCUCAAUAUUCGAAGGCCAUAGCCACUUUUAGUAACAAGUUAAAGUUCGAGAAUGAAAGAGUGAACGAAACUAUACAAAGAGAAGAAUCCCUUAAAUCACAAUUAUUGGAACUAGAGGAAAACACUCUGACUGUAAUGUCUGAAAUUCAGCUUGUUGAAAGUAAGAUAGAUAAUCUCGAGGCAGAACUUGAGGUAUUGGAACACGAGCAACUGAAUCAAAACAAGGAGCUUCAAUCAAACUUGAAGAAAUCUAAAACCUUUGAAGCGUCCGUCGCGGAGUUGGAAUCCAAUAUAUCUACAUUGAACAAAGGGAUACUUUCUUUAGAGGAGCAGUUGUUGAAGAUUGAUACUGAGAGAGUUAACAUCUUGAAGAAUUGUAAGAUAGAAAAUGUCAAUAUUCCGUUGAAAGAUGGGCUCUUGGAUUCUAUUUCGAUUGGUGAGACUUCGGAUAACUUGGUGAAGGAGAUCUACGAUAUCGAGAUAGAUUAUUCCAAUUUGGAUGAAUCAUUACGAAGAACAUAUAGUGCCAAACUAGAAGCCGAACUUCAAACUAAGUUGGAAGAGAUUAUCGAGCAAUUGGAGAGAUUGACACCAAAUGCAAAAGCAGUGGAUAGAUUGAAGGAAGCUGAAGCGAAACUUAGAAAUUUUGAUAAAGAGCAUACACUUGCAAGACAAAAGGAACGUAAAGUGUAUGACAAAUUCCAGGAGGUUCGUGAAAAGAGAUACCAGACUUUUAUGGAAGCAUUCAAUCAUAUUUCUUCCAAAAUAGAUUCGAUCUACAAAGAGCUCACUAAGUUCCCUGCUUCUCCUUUGGGUGGUGCUGCCUAUUUGACAUUAGAGGAUGAUGAAUAUCCAUACAAUUCUGGUAUCAAAUACCACGCUAUGCCACCUAUGAAAAGAUUCAGAGACAUGGAAUUACUUUCAGGUGGUGAAAAGACGAUGGCUGCACUUGCAUUACUUUUUGCUAUUCAUUCAUAUCAACCAUCUCCCUUUUUUGUACUUGAUGAAGUUGAUGCUGCCCUUGAUAAUGCUAAUGUUAGCAAAAUUGCUAACUAUAUUAGGAAAUAUGCUGGACCUAACUACCAGUUCAUUGUUAUAUCUUUGAAGAACUCGUUGUUUGAAAAGUCAGACGCUUUAGUGGGUAUAUAUAGAGACCAGAGACAGAAUAGCUCAUCGACACUUACAUUGGACUUGACCGAGUACUCUGAAGAAGGUUUAUCAGUAUCCGGCCAAGCAGUUACUGCUUCUGGCUAG